CUCCCCUCCCCCCCCCCAGACCGCCCGCAUCCUCCGUCGCACCCCACAGGGCCCCCUGCAGCCCAGCACGGCGGGAGGGGGGGGCCACGCGUGGUCGAAGAGCAGCCCCUACCCGUGUUCCCCGCCUCACGCACGGGCGUGGUGCCCCCGUGCCGCCCCCCCACGCCGUCGCUGUGCCCGCACACCCCCAUUGCAGGAGCGCGGGGUGCUGCGGGGCUACCGGGGGAGUGCCCGUAGAGCCCCCCCCAUCCUCCAGCCGGGAAGGACUGGAGGGGGCACCGGGCCUGCCUUGGGGACGCAGAGGGGGGGCUCCUGUCGGGCCAAGCCCCCCCCACCCGCCUCGGGUAGGGGCUCCCCCCGGCAGCCAUGGAAAUGCAGAAGGGGAAGGGGGGAGCGGCAGGAGGAGGAGGAGGCAAGUUGCUGCUCUCCACCCUUCUGGAUGCCAAGGAUGAGUUGGAGGAGAAGCUGGAGCGGUGUGUGGGCAUCGUGACUUCGCUGACCAACGGGCUGUCGGAGCGGGAGGCCAACGACGCCCUCAACGCACACAUUUGUAAAGGAACCCCCCAGCACGAGGAGAUCUGCCUGGGCCUCUUCACGCUGGUCCUGACCGAACCCGCCCAGGCGCAGAAGUGCUACCGGGACCUGGCCCUGGUGAGCCGAGAUGGCAUGAACAUCGUCCUCAACAAGAUCAACCAGAUCCUCAUGGAGAAGUACCUGAAGCUGCAGGACGCCUGCCGCACCCAGCUGGUGUGGCUGCUGCGGGAGCUGGUGAAGAGCGGCGUGCUCGGCGCGGACGGCGUCUGCAUGACCUUCAUGAAGCAGAUCGCAGGGGGGGAUGUGACGGCGAAGAACAUCUGGCUGGCAGAGAACGUCCUGGAGAUCCUGACGGAGCAGAGGGAAUGGGUCCUGAAGAGCAGCAUCCUGAUCGCCAUGGCCGUGUACACCUACCUGCGCCUCAUCGUGGACCACCACGGCACCGCCCAGCUCCAGGCGCUGCGCCAGAAGGAGGUGGAUUUCUGCAUCUCCCUCCUCCGCGAACGGGUGUCCUGCAGCUCCUCCAGUCGAGGACCUCGCGCAAAUUCCUGGCGUGCCGCCUCACCCCCGACAUGGAGACCAAGCUGCUCUUCAUGACCUCGCGGGUGCGGUUCGGUCAGCAGAAGCGGUACCAGGACUGGUUCCAGCGGCAGUACCUGUCCACCCCCGACAGCCAGUCCCUGCGCUGCGACCUCAUCCGCUACAUCUGCGGCGUGGUGCACCCGUCCAACGAGGUGCUCAGCUCCGACAUCCUGCCGCGCUGGGCCAUCAUCGGGUGGCUGCUCACCACCUGCACGUCCAAUGUCGCUGCUUCCAAUGCCAAACUGGCUCUGUUCUAUGACUGGCUCUUCUUCAACCCCGAGAAGGACAGCAUCAUGAAUAUAGAGCCUGCCAUCCUCGUGAUGCACCACUCCAUGAAGCCUCACCCCGCCAUCACCGCCACGCUGCUGGAUUUCAUGUGCCGGAUCAUUCCCAAUUUCUACCCCCCGCUGGAAGCUCACGUCCGGCAGGGGGUCUUCAACUCCCUCACCCACAUCGUGGAGAAGCGCGUCCUCGCUCAAAAUCGAGGAACCCGUCUCCAUGGAGAUGGACAAUCACAUGUCAGACAAAGAUGACAGUUGCUAUGACCACGCCGAGGCCGCGUUCAGUGACGACGAAGAGGAGCUGAACAGCAAAGGGAAGAAGAGGGAGUUCAGGUUUCAUCCGAUCAAAGAAACCAUCGUGGAGGAACCCGUGGACAUCACGCCGUUCCUGGACCAACUGGACGAGUCGCUGAAGGAGAAGGUUCUGCAGCUGCAGAAGGGGAGCGAUACGGAAGCGCAGUGUGAGGUCAUGCAGGAAAUCGUGGAUCAAGUCCUGGAGGAGGACUUUGACUCGGAGCAGCUGUCGGUGCUCGCCUCCUGCCUCCAGGAGCUGUUCAAGGCUCACUUCCGCGGCGAGGUUUUGCCGGAAGAAAUCACGGAGGAGUCUCUGGAGGAGUCCGUGGGGAAACCGCUCUACCUAAUAUUUAGGAACCUGUGUCAGAUGCAGGAGGAUAACAGCGGCUUCUCGCUGCUGCUGGAUCUGCUGUCGGAGCUCUACCAGAAGCAGCCCAAGAUCGGGUACCACCUCCUGUACUACCUG